AUGGAGGACCCGGACCUCGACUCCACCUGGGAGGACGAGGACGAGGAGGAGGAGGACGGCGGGGGCCCGAGCGCCGGCGGCGACGACGACGAUGGCGAGGCCGGCGCCCUGGGAGAGGCCGAGGACGAGGAGGAGGACGAGGAGGAGGACGAGGAGGCGCGGCCCAGCGCGCUGCAGUCUAGGAGGAUGGGGUCCCUAAACUGGAGAGCCAUGCAGGACACACGCAGGUACCGGCACCACUACCCGGAUUUGACGGAAGGGGACAGCAACGGUGACAUGCCGAACCUGAGUUUCUACAGGAAUGAGACCCCGUUCUUGCCCAAUGGCUGUCUCAUUGAGGAUAUCCUUCAGAACUGGAAGAACGACUACGACCGCCUGGAGGACAACCAUUCCUACAUCCAGUGGCUGUUUCCUCUGCGGGAGCCAGGGGUGAACUGGCACGCCAAGCCCCUCACACAGCGGGAGAUCAAGGCCUUUAAAAGCUCCAAGGAAGCUGGGGAGCGGUUUGUCCGGGCCUAUGAGCUCAUGCUGGGGUUCUACGGAAUCGAGCUCGAGGACCGGGACACAGGCAAGGUGCGCCGAGCACAAAGCUACCAGAAGCGCUUUCAGAAUCUCAACAGGCACAGCCACAACAACCUCCGCCUCACGCGCAUCCUCAAGUCGCUGGGCGAGCUGGGCCUGGAGCGCUACCAGGCGCCGCUGGUGCGCUUCUUCCUGGAGGAGACGCUGGUGCGCCGCGAGCUGCCGGCCGUGCGGCGGAGCGCGCUGGACUACUUCGUGUUCACCGUGCGCUGCCCGCGCCAGCGCCGCGCGCUGCUGCGCUUCGCCUGGGCGCACUUCCGGCCGCGCCGCCAGUUCGUCUGGGCGCCGCUCCACCGGCUGCGGGGGCCCCGGCCGCGCCCGCCGCUGCCCGCGGGCCCCGCGCCGGCCGAGGGGGAGGCGGGCCCCGCGGAGCGCCCCCUCCCGGAGCCCCCCCUCCCGGCGGGCGCGCCCGGGCGGACCUGCGGGCCGGAGCGGGGCGAGGGCUCGGAGGGCGCGGCCGCCGGGCCCCCGCCGCCGGGCCCGGAGCCCCGGGAGGAGGGCGCCCCCGAGAGGGACCUGGGAGAGGGGGCCGGGAGCCAGGGGGAGGAGGGGCCCGAGCCCGCGAGCCCCAAGGAGAGCAAGAAGAGGAAGCUGGAGCCGAACCGGCGGGAGCAGGCCCCGGGGGAGAGGGCCCCCCAGAGCGCCUCGGAGGUGGAGAAGAUCGCGCUGAACCUGGAGGGCUGCGCCCUCAGCCAGGGCAGCGGGGCAGGCACCCAGGAAAUGGGCAGCCAGGGGCCCGGGGAGACCGAGCCGCCCUGCCCCCCGCCCCCGCCGGCCAAGGUGGCUGACGAGGUGAGGAAACGCAGGAAAGUGGAUCAGACGCCGGCCCCCCUCUGGCCCCCCGGCCCCCCGGGGCGCCCAGAGGCCGGGGUGGACGAGGAGGAGGCAGAAGACCAGGGGGUGCCGGACCAGGGGGCCCCCGGGAGCCCGGGUCCCUCUGAACCAGCACUGGAUCCUGCACUGGACGAGGGGGCGCAGGCGGAGCUGGCGGCCGAGCCCCCGACGCCGUAG